GAUGAGCUGGAAACGGCCCGACAACGUACCGUACCCAUCGGUUUGGCAUACGUUCCAAGCCAAGGAUACGGAAAGUGAUCAACUGGUUACGUAUCGCGUGCAGGAUCUGCCGGAAGAUCGUUUCGAGGAAGCGAUCGCACACAUGAUGGAAUAUUUUGUCUACGAUGAACCAACGUGUCGUGCCCAAAAUAUCGCAGGUGAACAGCAAAGUGUAGAUGAGAUUGCGGAUUUGUGGCGAGAAUUCGUUAAACUUCGUCUAGUGCUCGUGUGCUUCAAGCAGGGAAGCGAUGAAAUCGUGGGCAUGAACAUGCUGUACGUUUCACAGCAAAGCGAUAAGGAAGAGUAUCAAUGCAAGGGCAAAAUAUGGAGAUGCAUUUACGAUUUGGUCGAUUAUACGAUGAAACAGGCAAACAUUUAUGAGCGAUACGGCGUCGAUAAGUAUCUCGGAGCAAUGGGACUUUCGGUGGCACCUAAUUACCGGGGACGAGGCAUUGCUACGGAAAUUCUGCGCGCCAGAAUUCCCCUUUGCAAGGCCGUUGGUUUACCGCUGACAUCGACCUGCUUUACAGCAAUCGGAUCACAAGUUGCAGCAGCGAAAGCCGGCUACGAGGAAACGUACGUCGUGUCGUACGAUGAUAUGACCAAGGUAGACGAACGUUUCGUUUUUCCAAAUAUUACUACCAAGUAUGUAAAGUGUAUGUCAAAGCGGGUAGAAUAAAACCGUUGAGAGU